GCUUCAUAGGUAUUUUAUUUAUUAUUUUUUAAAAAGUGGAUAAUAAUCCUUGGUGGAGCCUCAUAAGUUUGCUUCGCGGAUUGACACACGCUAGCUUUCACAAACAUACGUUUAGAGGCCAUUUUGUUGUUUCCUUUAUCAUAUCGUGACAGCCAUAUAGAUGUGUGCUGCAAAUUGAUUGUAAUCGUAAAGUACAAUUUCUGUUGCAGGAUAGCUGUAAUAGCAUAUCCUGACUCUCUCAGAGAAGGGUGGUACUUGCAAUCACACAAAGGAUCAGGAAAGGACCCGCUACUGUGAAGGACGCCCGAAAGGGAGCAAGGUCAUGGCCAACUGUGCUCGUAAUACCCCACCAAGUGUUUUGAUGUUUCGGUUCAUGAAUCUACCUGUCCUCGAUGGCACACUGAAGACGAUUUUGCUUUGGAGUGACCACAAUGUCAGGGAGGAGUGAACUGGGGAUUUCCCCGGUUCUUCUGCAAGCUAUUGCCCAGACCCUUACAUCAUCUGCGUUAACAGGGGCCAGAGAUUCUGGGAAGGGUAAGGAUUCUCCUUCUGUAAGCAGGGAAGAACUUUUGAGCAAGUCAAAGAUGGACAACAGCACAAAGGAUCCCAAUUCUGCCAGUGGCAUUGUCACUCAACUUCUUCAAAAUUUGAAUGAGCCAAUAGCUUCGCUCAUGUCAGUGCAAAAAGACAACACCACUUUACAAAGUGCGGCUUCAAGUUUGCACCAGACGUCGUCAGAUCCUAGUCAUUCUAUUAUCACGCAGGCGGGCUUGUCAAUGCUGGGCCUGUCUGACAACGAGGGCUUCUCCACCAGUGGGAGUAGUUCUCUCACAAGUGUUCACUCCAACAAAGAUCUGCAGACUAUGCACCAUUCAAACAUGGUCAUUUCCAGUGAAGAAAUCAGCAACUUCUUGCUGAAAGAAGAACCGUCCGAUGAUUCCGACGUCCCGCAGGCAGCGCCCCCGCCAAGUUCGCAGGGCAUGAACACGGAUGUGAGCAGCAUGUUGACGGCUCUUGCCUCGCAACACAUUCAGCAGUCCAUGAUUCAGAAGACCAAUAAGCAGCAAGCUCUUCAGGAGACUUUGUCCCCAGCCUCCCAUCUUGAGCAGAGUCUCGAGUCGAUGGGCGCCACCACAGUUGCUGAGGCCACUUCAGCCGUUUCAUUGUCAGACCAAAACCGCUCUCAGCCACAAAUCAUCAUCUACAGUUACAUCAACAAUAAUAACGGACGUGGAGAUAUUAACCUGCCAGUGCCUUCUUCCAGUGGGAAUGACAUUGUUGUGCCUGAUUCUGAAGUUAACGCUGCGGACUUACAAAGGACAUACAGAGUCCUCUUGCACCCUUCUGACGAAAAUGCUGUGGAGAGUAAACAGACUAUCUUUCCUCCCAAUGUGACCAUAGCACACUCGUCAGGCUCAUCAAUCACACCAGUUACAGAUGCUCAAAAUACGCAGGAAGGAAUGAGUCAGCCAUGCCCAGUGUGUGGGGACAAAGUCUCAGGUUACCACUAUGGAAUUUUCACCUGUGAAAGUUGCAAAGGUUUCUUCAAGAGAACUGUACAGAACAAAAAGACAUUCGUAUGCCCAAAGUCCUCCGACUGUGACAUUAACUCCCUCAACCGCAAAAAAUGCCCUGCUUGCCGGUUUAAAAGGUGCCUUAUCAUGGGAAUGAAACUUGAAGCCAUUCGCCAGGACAGAACAAGGGGUGGGAGGAGCUCCUAUGAAGGAUGUGGGUCCCAUUUGAAAAAUCGCAUGACGCCUUUGGAGAAGAAGUUAAAGCGAAUUUCGGGCUCGGGUGAUGGUGCUGGGUCGUCGCAGGACAUCGAUGAUGGCACAAAGUCACAUCGGAACCUUGUUGCCAUCCUCAACCACAACGCACAUAAACAGACCCCUAGCCCCGGUACACCACAAAUCCCAGAGUUGCUGCGAGACAUCAUGAAUCUGGAACCGCUGCUGAGCGACGACGAUAUUCCCACCGACUCCAUCAUGGAGGGCCCGUUCCCCGAGCAAGCCCUCUACUCUUACAUGAUGCAGCUGGCUGAGCUCCGGCUCUACAAACUGGUGCGCUGGGCUCGCAACUUGCCGCAGUUUGGGGCCAUCUCCACCGACGACCAAAUCCUGCUGCUCCAGAACUGCUGGUCGGAGCUGAUCGCCCUGAGCCUGUGCUGGCGCUCGAUCGACACGCCGGGCCAGAUCAGCAUCUCCUCUACCCACCACAUCACGGCCGAGUGGGCGCAGCACCUGGGCUUUGAGGAGGUGGUCCUGCGUCUGCUCAGCAUCACCGACAGCUUCCGCAAGUUGUACCUGGACCAGUUUGAGUAUGUGGCCCUCAAGGUCCUCCUUCUCAUCUCUCCAGAUGUGAAAGGUCUGAAGGAACCGCGCAAAAUCCGGGAGUUCCAGGAGAAACUACAGGAGGCCCUGUACACUUACACCAACUCACACUACCAGAACCUCACACACAAGUUCGGUGAGCUCUUGCUCCGACUCCCGGAGCUCUCACGCAUCAGCUUCAUGAGCAAAGACAUCCUGCUCAAGUCGCUGCCCGAGACGAUGGCUACGUGCGGCCUUCUGGUGGAACUGCUGAAGGGAGAGAACAAAGGGGACAGUGACCUGGGUAACGGUGCGAGUGGCAGUGGUGGUGGUCUCCGCUUUUAGCUCCGCACGCCUGUCCUUGAAAGUUGUUGCUGACGUUAUCAGGGACCGUGAAGGGCAGGAAAGGUUGCUUGUAUAUUGCUGUAACAACAGAGCGGGAAGCAACUUCAGGGCUAAACAACGCUGUUACAUUCAUAAGCAUGACAGUUCCUCCUCGGAAGUCUAGCCCAUGGAAUGCAACCAAUAACGGCCCCCUCAUCAAAGAAUCAAACUCGAAAUCAAAGGACAGAUCCCUCAUCUUUCUUAAUGAGAGCUCGUUUUUCAAGAAAGGCUGCUUGGUUGUUUUUGAGUUCUCGCAGUUCAAGAAAAGGUUUUUAAAGGUUAUACCUGGUGGUCUGGAUUACUAUGGAGGUUUCUUAGUGUAAACCAUGCACGCUCCAGGUUUAUGAUUUUCUACAGCAAAAUUCAUUUUUACCAUUUCAAGGAAAAUGCAAACAACUGCAAUUGGACCAAAGGCAGUUGUUUCAUUAUUUUUCGUCCAUGACGUAGGGUAGGUAGAGUUUAUAUCAUCUCACAGAAGGUGCUAAAAGGGACUUGUGUCCUAAUGACUACCAGACUGCCAGCACGAGACUGCCAGUGCUUUGAGGUUAUGUGUAAUCAUCUGGCUGGGGAAAGCCGCCAUGUGUGGGUUCAUGUGUGGAUGUGAAGCAUGCAUGUGUGUAUUCGCCAUCAGUAAGACCACCUGGAGCGAGAUGCUAGUCUAUAGAUACUGUACUACCUGCUCUGAAAGUGUUUUUUUCUUAAAGUGUCUUUAUUGUAAUGGUCAAGUACUUCGACUUUCUUUCGAAAGACGUGAGUUUAAUUUCUAUUUAGGAAAAUUAUUGGAUCAAAUGUCAUUGCGUUUCUGAUGGGAGGCAGUAUCUCACUUACUUCAGACUGGCCCGGACAGACAGACAGGGUCUACGUGACCUGCCUCCUUAUUGAUCUAUAUUGUGUCGUUAUUUACAGGACUCACAAAAA